AUGGCUUCCCCUAACACCAUUUUUGCACUAACCUUUCUUGUGUUUGCCUCUAUCACCUCAUCGCUGACGUGUGCGUAUAAUGUCACUCAUGACGACAGAGCUAUCGUCAUCAACGGUGAACGCCGGGUUCUUCUUUCCGGCGCUAUUCAUUAUCCCAGAAGCACUGCUCAGAUGUGGCCUGAGUUGAUGAAGAAGGCGAAGGAAGGCGGGUUGGAUGCAAUUGAGACGUACGUUUUCUGGAACGCCCAUGAGCCGGUCCGGCGACAAUAUGACUUUUCCGGCAACCGUGAUCUCAUUAAGUUUAUCAAAACUUGUCAAAAAAAUGGACUUUACGUUGUCCUCCGUAUAGGCCCAUAUGUUUGUGCUGAAUGGAACUAUGGAGGAUUCCCAGUAUGGUUGCACAACAUCCCUGGCCUUAAGGCGUUCCGCACCAACGAUCGAGUGUUUAUGGGGGAAAUGAAAAAGUUUACAACGUUGAUUGUUGAGAAGGUGAGGAAAGAGAAGCUGUUUGCUUCACAGGGAGGGCCUGUCAUCCUAGCACAGAUUGAGAAUGAGUAUGGUAAUAUAAAUGGACCUUAUGGAGAUGAUGGAAAAAAGUAUAUUAAUUGGUGUGCCAAAUUGGCCAAUUCGUUUCACAUUGGAGUUCCAUGGAUCAUGUGCCAACAACAAGAUGCCCCUGACCCAAUGCUUGAAACAUGCAAUGGAUGGUAUUGUGACCAAUAUAAACCCAAGAACCCUACCACCCCAAAGAUGUGGACUGAGAAUUGGACUGGAUGGUUCAAGAAAUGGGGUGGCAAAGACCCAUAUAGGACUGCAGAGGAUCUUGCAUAUUCCGUAGCAAGGUUUUUUCAACUGGGAGGAACUUUCCAGAACUAUUAUAUGUAUCAUGGUGGGACGAAUUUUGGGCGAACAGCUGGUGGUCCAUAUAUAACUACUACAUAUGAUUAUAAUGCUCCACUCGACGAAUAUGGCAAUUUAAACCAACCAAAAUAUGGUCACUUGAAGGAACUUCACAAUGUGUUGCACUCCCUAGAGAAGAAUAUUGUGUAUGGUAAUAUUACAACCACAAAGCUAGAUAACUCUAUUCAGGUUACAGUUUAUGCCUUCAAUGGCACAAAAACCUGUUUCUUUAGCAAUUCUAAUGAGACAGCAGAUGCCACCAUCAACUACCAAGGAACUGAUUACAAGGUUCCUGCUUGGUCUGUUAGCAUUCUCCCAGAUUGUAAGAGAGAAGUUUAUAACACUGCCAGGGUAAAUACCCAAACUACAGUGAUGGUGAAAGAGGGGGGUAAGGCCGCCGCCGCUCUCCGGUGGUCUUGGAGGCCUGAGGUGGCGGAUGAUACCAUUCUUCACGGCAAAGGUCAAUUCACCGCAAAUCAAAUUUUGGAUCAAAAGGUUGCCAAUGAUGUCAGUGACUACAUAUGGUACAUGACAAGUGUAAACCUAGAUAAAGAUGACCCUAUCUGGAGCAAAGACAUGAGGCUUGGGGUUAAUGGCACGGGUCAAGUGUUGCAUGUUUAUGCCAAUGGGAAAUAUGUUGAUUCUCAAUGGAAUAACAAUUCCUUGUUCGAGACAAACAUUAAAUUGAAUCAUGGGAAGAAUCUACUCACACUCCUUAGUGCCUCUAUUGGAUUUCAGAACUAUGGUCCAUAUUUCGAUUUGGGUGGAAACGGACUCUACGGCGUUGAGAUUGUGGGCAAGAACGGCGACGAGACCGUACGUAAAAACCUCGGAUCCCACAAAUGGUCGUACAAGGUUGGACUCCGCGGCGAAGAGAAUAAACUCUUUAGAAGCAGCAACAAAUCUCGCUCCGCUUCUCAAUGGCUUUCCGACCACCUUCCCACCGCUCGUAGGAUGACUUGGUACAAGACGAGCUUCAAGGCUCCGGCGGGGCGAGAUCCGGUGGUGGUGGAUCUGAUGGGUAUGGGAAAAGGGUUUGCAUGGGUUAACGGCAACAACUUGGGCCGUUACUGGCUGAUUCUGGCGAAAGGCGACGACUGUCCGACGGAGGCGUGCGACUAUCGAGGCGAAUACAACAACAACAAAUGCCUCUCCAACUGCGGCAACCCGACGCAGAGAUUCUACCACGUCCCGCGCUCGUUCUUGAACCGCCGCGGCGACAACGAGUUGGUCCUGUUCGAGGAAACCGGCGGCAACACGUCGCGGGUCCGCUUCCAGACGGUGAGGACCGGAGGCGUUUGCGCAAGUGCGUACGAGAACAAGGUGGCGGAGAUAUCGUGCCAAGGCGGCCGAAACAUUACGGCGAUCAAGUACGCCAACUUCGGCGACACAAGAGGAAGCUGCGGCGGCGGCUUCGAGAAGGGCGUGUGUGGCGGCGCAAAGGACGCCGUGAACAUCCUUAAAACUGCGUGUUUGGGGAAGGCUUCGUGUUCGGUUACGGCUUCUGAGAGCGUGUUUGGAACGACGAACUGCGCCGGCAGCCGUACCAAGAAGCUCGUGGUGGAGGCUGUUUGCUAAUUUAAGUUAUUUUGUGUUCAUAAUAAACCUAGCUAGCUAGAUUCUUUGUGUUAGCAGUAGGUACGUAGGUUGAUUAGUUAGCUAGGU